GUGUUUGGAGGAGGAUCCAUAAGACAGACUCUAUCAGAUGUAACACUGUGUGUCAUUACAUAAAGUACAUGAUAUUAUAUUUGUUCCACAGAGUUCAGAGAUCAGAGGCUCCCAUUGGUCAGUCUGCCCAGCAGCAUCAAACACAGCUGGACUCCAUAUUGAUGCUGCUCCAGGAGAACAUCAUCAGUUUUGUAAAGACCGAGCUGAAGAAGAUCCAGAGAGUUCUGAGUCCAGAUUACCCAGAAUGCUUAGAGAGUCAGAGGGAGGAUGAGGAUGAAGAGCAGAGGAGGAGCAGAGAGGCCUUUCUGGAGAUCACUCUGCACUUCCUGAGGAGAAUGAAGCAGGAGGAGCUGGCUGACUGUCUGCAGAGCAGAACUGUUGUUCCAGAGUGCAGACGUAAACUGAAGUCCGACCUGAAGGAGAAGUUCCAGUGUGUGUUUGAGGGGAUCGCUAAAGCAGGAAACCCAACCCUCCUGAACCAGAUCUACACAGAGCUCUACAUCACAGAGGGAGGGACUGGAGAGGUCAAUGAUGAACAUGAGGUCAGACAGAUUGAAGCAGCAUCCAGGACCCCACACAGACCAGAGACCACCAUCAGACAAGAAGACAUCUUUAAAGGCUCACCUGGAAGAGAUCAACCAAUCAGAGCAGUGCUGACAAAGGGAGUGGCUGGCAUCGGGAAAACAGUCUUAACACAGAAGUUCACUCUGGACUGGGCUGAAGACAAAGACCACCAGGACAUCCAGUUCACAUUCCCCUUCACUUUCAGAGAGCUGAAUGUGCUGAGAGAGAGAAAGUUCAGCUUGGUGGAACUUGUUCAUCACUUCUUUACUCAGACCAGAGAAGCAGGACUCUGCAGGUUUGAAGAGUUCCAGGUUGUGUUCAUCUUUGACGGUCUGGAUGAGUGUCGACUUCCUCUGGACUUCCACAACAAUCAGGUCCUGACUGAUGCUACAGAGUCCACCUCAGUGGAUGUGCUGCUGACAAACCUCAUCAAGGGGAACCUGCUCCCCUCUGCUCGCCUCUGGAUCACCACAAGACCUGCAGCAGCCAAUCAGAUCCCUCCUGAGUGUGUUGACAUGGUGACAGAGGUCAGAGGGUUCACUGACCCUCAGAAGGAGGAGUACUUCAGGAAGAGAUUCAGAGACCAGGAGCAGGCCAGCAGAAUCAUCUCCCACAUCAAGACCUCCCGAAGCCUCCACAUCAUGUGCCACAUCCCGGUCUUCUGCUGGAUCACUGCUACAGUUCUGGAGGAUGUGCUGAAGACCAGAGAGGAAGGAGAGCUGCCCAGGACCCUGACUGAGAUGUACAUCCACUUCCUGGUGGUCCAGUCCAAACUGAAGAACAUCAAGUACGAUGGAGGAGCUGAGACUGAUCGACUCUGGAGUCCAGAGAGCAGGAAGAUGAUCCAGUCUCUGGGAAAACUGGCUUUUGAUCAGCUGCAGAAAGGAAACCUGAUCUUCUAUGAGUCCGACCUGACAGAGUGUGGCAUCAAGAUCAAGGAAGCCUCAGUGUACUCAGGAGUGUUCACACAGAUCUUCAGAGAGGAGAGAGGACUGUACCAGGACCAGGUGUUCUGCUUCAUCCACCUGAGUGUUCAGGAGUUUCUGGCUGCUCUUCAUGUCCAUCUGACCUUCACCAACUCUGGACUCAACCUGAUGGAAGAAGAACAACCAACGUCCCUGACCUCUAAACUCUUUAGAGACAAACCUAAACUGACACGUCUCCAUCAGAGUGCUGUGGACCAGACUUUACAGAGUCCAAACGGACACCUGGACUUGUUCCUGCGCUUCCUCCUGGGUCUUUCUCUGCAGACCAAUCAGACUCUCCUGAGAGGUCUGCCAACUCAGACAGGAAGUAGAUCACAGACCAAUCAGAAAACAGUCCAGUACAUCAAGAAGAAGAUCAGUGAGGAUCUGUCUGCAGAGAGAAGCAUCAACCUGUUCCACUGUCUGAAUGAACUGAAUGAUCGUUCUCUAGUGGAGGAGAUCCAGGAGUCCCUGAGAUCAGGACGUCUCUCCACAGAGAAACUGUCUCCUGGUCAGUGGUCAGCUCUGGUCUUCAUCUUACUGUCAUCAGAGAAAGAUCUGGACGUGUUUGACCUGAAGAAAUACUCUGCUUCAGAGGAGACUCUUCUGAGGCUGCUGCCAGUGAUCAAAGCCUCCAACAAAGCUGUGCUGAGUGGAUGUAACCUGUCAGAGGGAAGCUGUGAAGCUCUGUCCUCAGUCCUCAGCUCACAGUCCUCCACUCUGAGAGAGCUGGACCUGAGUAACAACAACCUGAAGGAUUCAGGAGUAAAGAUUUUGUCUGAUGGAUUGAGAAGUCCUCAUUGCAAACUGGAAACUCUCAGUCUGACAGGGUGUCUGAUCACAGAGAAAGGCUGCGCUUCUCUGGCCUCUACUCUGAGCUCCAACCAUUUCCACCUUAGAGAGCUGGACCUGAGUAACAACAACCUGAAGGAUUCAGGAGUGAAGAUUCUGUCUGAUGGAUUGGGAAGUCCACACUGUAAACUGGAAACUCUUAGUCUGACAGGGUGUCUGAUCACAGAGAAAGGCUGUGCUUCUCUGGCCUCUACUCUGAGCUCCAACCAUUUCCACCUUAGAGAGCUGGACCUGAGUAACAACAACCUGAAGGAUUCUGGAGUGAAGAUUCUGUCUGAUGGAUUGGGAAGUCCACACUGUAAACUGGAAACUCUUAGAUUGUCAGGGUGUCUGAUCACAGCGGAAGGCUGCGCUUCUCUGGCCUCAGCUCUUAGCUCCAGCCCCUCCCACCUUAGAGAGCUGGACCUGAGCAAUAAUGACCUACAGGAUUCAGGAGUGAAUCUGCUGUCUGCUGGAUUCAAAAGUCAACACUGGAAACUGGAAACUCUCAGACUAUCAGGGUGUCUGAUCACAGAGGACGGCUGUGCUUCUCUGGCAUUAGCUCUGAGCUCCAACCCUUUGCACCUUAGAGAGCUGGACCUGAGCUACAACCAUCCAGGAGACUCAGGAGUCAAGCAGCUCUCUGCUCGACUGAAGGAUCCGGACAGCAGACUGGAUACACUGAGGGUGGACCAUGGUGGAGAGCAGAGGUUAAAACCUGGACUGAAGAAGUAUGUCUGUGAACUCACUCUGGACUCAAACACAGCAAACAGAUACCUCAGACUGUCUGAAGACAACAGGGAGGUGACACGUGUGGGAGAGGAUCAGUCAUAUCCUGAUCAUCCAGACAGAUUUGACUACUGGGAACAGCUGCUGUGUAGAGAUGGUCUGACUGGUCUCUGUUACUGGGAGGUCGAGUGGAGAGGAGGGGUUGAUAUAUCAGUGAGUUACAGAGGAAUCAGAAGGAAAGGAGACCGUGACUGUGGGUUUGGAUGGAAUGAUCAGUCCUGGAAUCUGAUCUGCUCCGAUGAAGGUUACUCUGUCCGUCACAAUAAGAGAAGAACAGACCUCCCUCUCUCCUCGUCCUCUGUCUCUCACAGAGUAGCAGUGUAUGUGGACUGUCCUGCUGGCACUCUGUCCUUCUACAGAGUCUCCUCUGACUCUCUGAUCCACCUCCACACCUUCAGGACCACCUUCACUGAACCUCUGUAUCCUGGGUUUAGGUUGUGGUCUCUUGGUUCCUCAGUGCGUCUGUGUUCUGUGUAGGACGGAGAGUCUCCUCCUCUCUACACAAACACAAACUGAGUAUUUGACUGUUUCUGUCACAUCAGCAUGAACGUCUGUUAUCAAAGAGCAUGACUCCACGGAAAAGUGUCAGACUGAACUUUAGUUAUUCACAUCUCUAUUGUGAAAAACAUCAAGCCUCAUUCAUCCUUUUUUCUUCUUCAAUGUAAUCAAAGAAAGUUUGUGAGAACAGUCUGAAUCAGAUCCAUUAAACUGUUCUUCACCUGCAGAGAUUUUCCCCCCUGUGUUUAAACUGAUAAAGCCAUGUCCUCAUGAGACUGCAGGGUGGUUUGCACACAAACAUCCAAAUCAGACAGAAGCUGAGAGGAGAGCAGCAGGGAUCUGGUGAUGUACUUUGACUAAUGAUUUUUGUUUGAUGGAAAUAAAAACACUUAUUUGGACGACA